AUGUUUAUUUACCAUUUGAUGAAAAUUCUCGUUCUAAAUUUGUUACCAUUGAUGGUUCUGGAUAGGGAGGAAGAUACCAUUGACUAUUUUCAGCACCCUGUUCUGGUGCUCUAUUUCUACCCAAUAAAAUAG